AUGUCCGCUGAAGGCCUGAUCCAUGGCCUGGCUCUGUGCUCCGUCACCUCCGCCCUCCCUCCGUCUGCUGGGGGGACUCUCAGAGGUUAUUAUGGACCUUUUUCCCCGCAGCCACGUACGACCCGCCAGCACGGAUCACAUGACGGCGAGCGGGGAGCAGCUGACCACUGUCCAGCGCGUCUGACCUCCACCCCGCGGUCCGGCUUCAUCCAGCUGGGCAGUCGCGCCAGAGCACAACAGGGCCCGCUUCCAGAGCGAGUGGCCAAGAGAUGCACCGUCCAGGUCAGCCGAAAGUCCGAACAAGUUACCAGGAAAAGUCAGAGGAAAACUAUGUGA